CGUGUGUGUUGUGUGCGUGUUGUGUGUGUGCGCGUGUGUGUUGUGUGUUGUGUGUUGUGUGCGCGCGUGUGUUGUGUGUGCGCGUGUGUGGGGCUCGGAGACAGGGACGGACGGACGGAGCUCGCUGCCGGGGCCGGGGAUCGGAGCUUAAGACACGGGGAUCGAGGGGCUGUUGUCUCGGGGGCCGGACGAUGCUGGGAUCCGAGGCCGGGGAGCAGGAGCUGCAGGUCCGCAGUGACAGGGGUGAUGGGGCAGCUUGCAAAAAACGAGAGGAUUAUCUCGAGUGGUCAGAAUACUUUAUGGCGGUGGCUUUUCUAUCAGCACAGAGGAGCAAAGACCCAAACUCCCAGGUUGGAGCUUGCAUUGUGAAUCCUGAAAACAAGAUUGUUGGCAUUGGGUAUAACGGAAUGCCGAAUAGAUGCAGUGAUGAUUCUUUACCAUGGGCAAGAGAUGCUAAAAAUAAACUGGACACCAAAUAUAUGUAUGUUUGUCAUGCAGAAUUAAAUGCAAUUCUGAACAAGAACGCUAGCGAUGUUAAAGGAUGCACGAUGUAUGUGGCCUUGUUCCCCUGUAAUGAAUGUGCUAAACUCAUCAUCCAGUCAGGCAUCACCAAGGUGGUUUAUAUGUCAGACAAAUACCGGGAACUGCCAGAAAUGAAGGCCUCCAGACUAAUGUUGGAUAUGGCAGGCGUGAAGUGCAGCCAAUUUACUCCGAAGAAUAAAACAAUUACCAUUGAUUUUGAUACAAUAAACAAAAGUGGAAGUUGCCUGGACUCGAACAAAGUUGCUGCACCAGCAUCUCCUUCAAGCUGCUAAUCAUUCACCCUGGACAAACACGAGCUCCUGCUUCCAAUCAACAUUUUCUGCCAGUUAUUCUUCAGAAGAAAACUCCCGCUCUCACUCCCCAUUCUAAUGGUACAGUUGAACCGAUUACUUUAGAUUAUAUUUUAAAAACUGGUGUAUGUUUUGUGCUUUCUUCUCCAACUAAAGGGCCUGUCCCACUGUAUGAGGUAAUUCAAGAGCUCGCCCGAGUUUAAAAAAAAAUCCAACGCAUGUUAAGCACGUAGAAUGUACGUAGCGGGUACGUCCUGUCAUCCCAGGAAUUAACCUGGUGAACCUUGCUGUUACUCCAGCAUUUUGUGUCUACCCCUUAAACUUUGUGCUUCUCACCUUAAAGCUUUGUCCACCAGUGUUUGACAUUUACACACUGGAGAAAAAAGUUCCAUCUGUCUACCCUAUCUAUAUCUUUCAUAAUUUUAUAUGCUUCUAUCAGCUUUUCCCUUCAACCUCUGGCUUUCCAGUGAAAACAACCCAAGUUUGUCUGACCUCUCCCUGUAGGUAAUACCUUCUAAUCCAGACAAUAGACAACAGGUGCAGGAGUAGGCCAUUUGGCCCUGCGAGCCAGCACCGCCAUUCAAUGUGAUCAUGGCUGAUCAUCCCCAAUCAUUACCUCGUUCCUGCCUUCUCCCCAUAUCCCCUGACUCCGCUAUUUUUAAGAGGUUUAUCUAGCUCUCUCUUGAAAGCAUCCAGAGAACCGGCCUCCACCGCCCUCUGAGGCAGAGAAUUCCACAGACUCACCACUCUCUGUGAGAAAACGUGUUUCCUCGUCUCCGUUCUAAAUGGCUUACUCCUUAUUCUUAAACUGUGGCCCCUGGUUCUGGACACCCCCAACAUCGGGAACAUGUUUCCUGCCUCUAGUGUGUCCAAGCCCUUAACAAUCUUAUAUGUUUCAAUGAGAUCCCCUCUCAUUCUAAACUCCAGAGUGUACAAGCCCAGCUGCUCCAUUCUCUCAGCAUAUGACAGUCCCGCCAUCCCGGGAAUUAACCUUGUAAACCUACGCUGCACUCCCUCAAUAGCAAGAAUGUCCUUCCUCAAACUAGGGGACCAAAACUCUUCUCAACCCUCUCCAAAGCCUCCACAUCCUUCCUGUAAUGGGGAGACCAGAACUGCACAAAAUGUGGCCCAACCAAAGUCCUAUAACUUGGAAUAUUUACACUGUGACUUGUUGAGCCUGAGAUCUUUUGUUUGAGGCUGGUGCUUUAAAGUAUAGAAGUGGGUUUUGAAUCAUUAAUAGGUUCCAUGGCAAAAUUCCAAAGGAGUUUCAGACCCAGAGACAGUGGUGGCGCAGCGGUAGAGUUGCUGCCUCACAGCGCCAGAGACCCGGGUUCAAUCCUGACUACGGGUGCUGUCUACGGAGUUUGUACGUUCUCCCCGUGACCUGCGUGGGUUUUCUCCGGGUGCUCAGAUUUCUUCCCACAAUCCAAAGGCGGACAGGUUUGUAGGUUAAUUGGCUUGGUAAAUGUAACUAGUGUAGUGUUAAUGUGCGGGGAUCGCUGGUCGGCGCGGACCCGGUGGGCCGAAGGGCCUGUUUCCGUGCUGUAUCUCUAAACUAAACGAAACCUUUUUCCUCAGAGAAAAAUCUGAAGGGACAAAAAUGUUUACACAAUGAUUGGGUGCCUGGAACUCACUGCCGGAGGAGGUGGUGGAGGCUGAUACGAUAGUGGAGUUUAAGAGGCUUUUAGUUAAGCAGGGAAUGUAGGGACACGGAUCAUAUGCAGGCAGAUGGAGGUUAGAUUAUAAUAAAAAAGGAACUGCAGAUACUAGUUUAUACCAAAAAUAGACACAAAAUGGUGGAGUCACUCAGCAAGUCAGGCACCCAUUUUGGGUUGGGACCCUUGGUCAGAGAUUAGGUCAACUGGACAUCAUGUAUGGCACAGACAUUGUGGGCUGAAGUGACUGUCUCUGGGUUGUACCCUGCUAUAUAUAAUAAUCUUCUAUGUAUUAAAAAAUGCAAAUGCUAAAAAUGUUUCAAGACAUUUCAAGACAUAUGAAAUUUAAAUGGAACUUUGAAUGAAAAUAACUGUUUUUUCAGCGUCUAUAAUUUACUUCCUAGGUGUCAUCUCCAGCCUUCCUGGUGUUAUCUUUGUUACGGUUAUAUUAAAGAACAAUAACAGAAAUUA